AUGUAUGUGAAAUGGUUUGAUACAGUAAUGUUUUACUAUGUGAUUUUAGUGAUUUUAGUGAAUGUCACUUUUUGUCAUUUUUUUAAAUUUCUCGCCGUUCCGUCCCCCGUAUGUCCGGGCGCUCGCAGGGGAUGGAACCCAGAUGACAGAUGCCGGCAUCCGCUGCAUUACAUUGCCGGGGACACUGCAGGAGGGACAUCGUGGGAGCGCAGGACAAGGUAAGUGAUCCAGGGAUUGCGGAGCAGCGCCGCAGUGUAUUCCCGAGUGUAGCUCGGGGAUACCGCUUUUGCUACACUCGGGAAUACCACCAGGGAGGUUA